AGUGGAUAAUACUACACACACGUAGAACCAACCCAACCAACAUCCUCAUCUAUGGCUUCGAUUGAAUCAUAAUUCGACUUAGAUUUUUUCAACCCUGCAACUCUUAACCAAAUUUACGCUCCUUACACUUCGACAAGUAUCGUUUUCCCUCUUCCCCUAACCCUAUAAACUUCAAGAAAUCAGAGGAAGCAAUAGACGAGCUCAGAUUUUCAUGGCUUCAACAUUAACAAACCCUCUACUUUCCUCCAACUUCUUUGGUACCCAGAUCUUCAUUUCGCCUCCCACGCCAAAAACUGUCCCUAGAUCAUUCUUAGUGCCACAAGCAAUUCUCAAUCGCAAGAAUUCCAGCAAAUCAAAGAACGUCGCAAAUCAUGCUGCUCUUGCUGCCUUACUUUUUUCUUCAGUUACUCCUCAAGCAUUAGCACUCGAUAGUACUCCACCACCUGCUCCUGCUGCGCAAGUGAUUGAAAUUGAGGCCCAGAGGCCCGGGCCGUCAUCACCCUUUGCCCAAAAUCUAAUCUUGAAUGCGCCAAAGCCUCAAUCCCAGCCCACUUCCGACCUCCCUGAGGGUUCCCAAUGGCGCUACAGUGAGUUCUUGAAUGCUGUGAAGAAGGGAAAGGUUGAGAGAGUGAGGUUCAGUAAAGACGGAGGUGUCCUUCAGCUGACAGCCGUAGAUGGGCGCAGGGCAACUGUGAUUGUCCCUAAUGACCCUGACUUGAUUGACAUUUUGGCAAUGAAUGGCGUUGAUAUUUCCGUCUCUGAGGGUGAUACUGGAAAUGGGUUGUUUAGUUUUAUUGGAAAUUUGCUCUUUCCUUUUCUUGCCUUUGCUGGGCUUUUCUUUUUGUUUAGGCGAGCGCAGGGGGGUCCAGGUGGCCCUGGAGGGCUCGGCGGGCCAAUGGAUUUCGGGCGGUCCAAGUCCAAGUUCCAGGAGGUGCCUGAGACUGGUGUGACAUUCGCUGAUGUGGCAGGGGCUGAUCAAGCAAAACUGGAGUUGCAGGAAGUGGUCGAUUUCUUGAAAAACCCUGAUAAGUACACUGCACUGGGUGCAAAAAUCCCGAAAGGUUGUCUUUUGGUUGGUCCGCCGGGUACUGGGAAGACCCUCCUGGCAAGAGCCGUGGCUGGUGAGGCUGGGGUGCCCUUUUUCUCAUGUGCAGCAUCAGAGUUUGUGGAGCUGUUUGUGGGUGUAGGAGCUUCAAGAGUGAGGGAUUUGUUUGAGAAGGCCAAGUCGAAAGCACCUUGUAUUGUGUUCAUUGAUGAGAUUGAUGCCGUGGGAAGGCAGAGAGGAGCAGGUCUUGGUGGUGGGAAUGAUGAGAGAGAGCAGACCAUUAAUCAGCUGUUGACGGAAAUGGAUGGAUUUUCGGGUAACUCAGGUGUUAUAGUGUUGGCAGCAACUAACAGGCCGGAUGUUCUUGAUUCUGCAUUGUUGAGGCCGGGGAGGUUUGAUAGACAGGUAACUGUUGACAGGCCUGAUGUUGCUGGGAGGGUCAAGAUUCUUCAGGUGCAUUCCAGAGGAAAGGCCCUCGCAAAGGAUGUUGAUUUUGAAAAGAUUGCCCGGAGAACACCAGGUUUCACUGGGGCAGAUUUGCAAAACCUGAUGAAUGAAGCAGCCAUCCUUGCAGCGCGGCGUGACCUUAAGGAAAUAAGCAAGGACGAGAUAUCUGAUGCGCUGGAGAGAAUUAUUGCUGGGCCAGAGAAGAAAAAUGCUGUUGUUUCUGAUGAAAAGAAGAGGCUGGUUGCUUAUCAUGAGGCUGGACAUGCUUUGGUUGGUGCGCUGAUGCCAGAGUACGACCCAGUUGCCAAGAUCUCCAUCAUUCCUCGUGGCCAAGCUGGUGGACUUACCUUCUUUGCUCCAAGUGAAGAGAGACUCGAGUCAGGGUUGUACAGUAGAAGCUACCUAGAAAAUCAGAUGGCCGUUGCUCUUGGUGGAAGGGUUGCCGAAGAGGUUAUUUUUGGACAGGACAAUGUAACAACAGGAGCAUCCAAUGACUUCAUGCAAGUUUCAAGGGUUGCAAGGCAAAUGGUUGAGAGAUUUGGGUUCAGCAAAAAGAUUGGACAAGUGGCCAUUGGUGGACCUGGUGGAAAUCCCUUCCUUGGUCAACAGAUGUCAACCCAGAAAGACUACUCCAUGGCAACUGCAGACGUUGUAGAUGCGGAAGUCAGAGAACUGGUAGACAGAGCAUACACAAGGGCCAAACAGAUAAUCACAACUCAUAUUGACAUUCUACACAAACUUGCUCAAUUGCUAAUAGAGAAAGAAACUGUUGACGGUGAAGAGUUUAUGAGCCUUUUCAUUGAUGGCAAGGCGGAACUAUAUGUUGCAUGAUUCUAUUCUAAAUGGAACGCAAAUCUUGUUGUAUAUUUAGAUCAGCAUACGAAUUGUACAAGUUUGAAAAAGAUAGUUACCGUUCAACA